UCACGUUGCUGCAAUGUUUUCUGUGUUUUCAUUGGUUGGCUGAAUGUGCCUUGCGUUAUGAUUGGACAGAAAGUGGACACGUGACGCCCCUUUAACGGCAGUGCAACGAUUUUUUUCCCACCCUAAUGAGAGAGGAGGGAAAGAGACAGAGAGAGAGAGAGAGAGAGAGAGGUUUAAGAAAUGAGCUCGGAUUAGUUUGGACUGCUGAAGAAACCCGGGAUUUAUAUCAGGGACGGGAUUUAUAGAAGUUAUUCGGAGCUGUGGAGGAUUAUGGAGUUUAUGAAGUGGACGUCGCGCGCGCUCCAUUCAUUAACGUUUACUCCUGGGCAGAUUUAGCAUGUUAGCAUCGCAGCUCGCAGUUGUAUAUAGGAGUAUACAAAUAGUAUGUAGGAGAAAAAAGUGUUUGCGGUUUAAUCUGUUUUAAAUUUAGCUCAUGGCUCCUGAACUGAUAAUGACGUGUAUUGUGAAGUCAGAUUGAAAAAGCGAUACGUUUGUGCACGGAGAAAACGGCUCGCGACGCUGAAAGAGCUCGAGACCAUUCAGUUUCCUCUCUACGCACAACUUUUUAAACGUUUUUUUUUUUUUUAAGCUCAUGACCAUAGAGCACCUUAAACACCCCGCAAUCCUUUCAUCCUUGUUUAAAAUGGCUGAUGAUAAUGACCUAACAGGAGCGUCUGAGUUUCUAAAAGAUCGGCUCUAUUUCGCCACGCUGAGAAGCAAACCGAAGAGCACAGCAAACACACACUAUUUCUGCACAGAUGAUGAGUUUGUGUAUGAAAACUUUUAUGCAGAUUUUGGACCUCUCAACCUUGCCAUGCUGUAUAGGUACUGCUGUAAACUCAACAAAAAGUUAAAGUCGUUCACACUGACCAGGAAGAGGAUUGUGCACUACACCAGCUUCGACCAGCGCAAGAGGGCGAAUGCUGCUGUCCUCAUCGGUGCCUACUCCGUGAUUUACUUGAAGAAAACUCCGGAGGAAGCGUACAGAGCUUUAAUCUCUGGCUCUAAUGCCUCUUACCUGCCAUUCAGGGAUGCAUCAUUUGGAAAUUGCACAUACAACCUGACCGUUCUUGACUGUUUUCAUGGAAUCAGGAAGGCCCUGCAGCACGGCUUCUUGAACUUUGAGACGUUUGAUGUGACUGAGUACGAGCACUAUGAGCGUGUAGAGAAUGGAGACUUCAACUGGAUCGUCCCCGGCAAAUUCCUGGCGUUCAGCGGGCCGCACCCAAAGAGCAAAGUAGAAAAUGGCUAUCCACUCCAUGCCCCCGAGGCCUACUUCCCAUACUUCCGCAAGCACAACGUCACCACCAUCAUCCGCCUCAACAAGAAGAUCUACGACGCCAAGCGCUUCACAGAUGCCGGCUUCAACCACUAUGACCUGUUCUUCGUGGAUGGCAGCACACCCAGUGACGUCAUCACACGCAGAUUCCUACAUAUCUGUGAGAGCACGGAUGGUGCCGUCGCUGUCCACUGCAAGGCCGGUUUGGGUAGGACAGGCACGCUGAUUGGCUGCUACCUGAUGAAACACUACCGAUUCACUGCAGCUGAAACCAUCGCUUGGAUCCGUAUCUGCAGACCCGGCUCCGUCAUCGGACCCCAGCAACACUUCCUAGAGGAGAAGCAGACGAAUAUGUGGGCUCAGGGAGACGUGCUUCGCUCUAAGCAGCAGAAAUCGCGGGUGUAUGAGGAAAACGUUCCUUGCCUCAUCUCUAGCAUGGAUGACCUGACCAUCAGUAGCAGCUUCCUCAGAUCCAGCAGCAUGGAAGAGAGCAGUGAAUACAGUGAAAACGGUCUCGGCAUGACUCAAGGAGACAAACUACGGGCCUUAAAGGGCCGGAGGCAGCCCAGGUCAUCCACCUCCACAACUCUGAGACUGACUGGCUCCAGUACUCAUGGCCCAAGUUCCCCCCUCAAACCCUCCAAAUUGCCAUCCCCUUCCUCCACUUCCACCACUACCUCUGCUUCGGCCAAGAGAAUCAGCCGAAUCUCUCCUUCCUCAGCCAAUCUCAAGAGCUCCUGUCUAAACUCCAGAUUAGCCACUUCAUUAGGCAACCUGUACGUCAUCGCUGGAGACUCUGGGAAUCACCCUCGACCCUCGUUUGCAUCCUCGUCUCCGUCCUCAUCUCUGUCCUUCCCUGUCCCCCGUGCCACAUUUGCCAGCAUCUCGGGUCUGGCUGCACACAGGUUGCACUACGAAGUCAACAACAACAGUGAUCAGUAUAGCACCUCCAAUGCCAAUUCCAAGAUCUCGGCAUUCAGCAAUCACAACCGCAGCAGCCUGGGUGGAGCCUCCACCACUGGGAGGUUUGGCUUGAAGGAGCCAGGUCAGAAUCCGGUCACCGCAGGUCUGAGUCAGGCCUCAACCCGAUACCUCAGCCGCUCCAUUCCCUCCCUUCAGUCGGAGUGUGUUCGGUAUUAAAGCUGCAACUCUGCACUGAUCCUGAACCUGUCCUCCUGGCCCAUCGUUCUUUCUCCAUUCGCUGACAUCCAGCCUGCUAAGGAAACAAAAGGAAUUGGAUACAGCCAGAGGUGCUGGAACUGGAUCUGUAGAUCCAGUGUUAAAAUGCUCUGAAGGAAACUCAUAAUUAUCUGUUUUGAAAUAGAUGUGCUCUUUCUCUCUCUCGCUCUCUCUCUCUCUC